UUUAUUUUAUAUCUUGCAUGUUGUUGCCCGAUCAGCGUGAAAAAAAUGAUUGCAGUUAAUACCGAGUGUAUAACUAUGGUGAGAAGAUGCCUUCUGACGUUCAAACCUUUCAGGAUUUUUGUGGCAGGCAUCGGUUUCUUCAGUCUCUGCUUUUUAAUGACCUCUCUGGGGGGACAGUUCUCAGCCAAGCGGUUGGGCGAUUCCCCAUUCAGCAUCCGAACUGAAGUGUUGGGUGGUCUAGAGUCUCGUGGGGUCCUGAGAAAGAUCAGCGAUAUGUUGGAGAUAAUCAUGAAGAGGAUCGACACCCUAUCGAAACUGAGCAACAUCAGCGAGUCCCAAAGACUAGAGGAGCUGAGCUCUACUCUCCAAAGGUUCCAGCCGGUAGGCCUGGUGGAGCGGAUCCAAGCCAUUGCCCAGAAUGUGUCCAACAUGGCUGUACGAAUGGAGCAGAUUCUGAAGAAAACAAACAUCCCAGGCAGAGGACGAGAUGAAGUUAUGGGUCAGUGUGAAGUCCCGAAGGAUCCUCGGUACCCGGAUUGCGGCAGUAAAGUGGAUUGGAUGAGGGCCAGAUGGACAUCAGAUCCUUGCUAUGCCUUUUAUGGAGUGGACGGCUCAGAGUGCUCUUUCCUCAUCUACCUUAGUGAGGUGGAGUGGUUCUGCCCCACGCUGGCUUGGAGGAACCAAAGCAGCUACCCCACAAUCCGCAGCCUGCCAAAGAGACAGGCAUUUCUCCGCUCCGAUUUGGCUGUUCUGUUGGAGCAGGUCGGCUCAGGAAAAGAAUCUUUAAGCUUCAUGAGGAGGCGAAUGCAAAGAUUGGCUGCGCAGUGGACUGCAGCUGCUCGCAGACUUGAUGAACGUCUGCACAGUCAGUACAGAGAGCAGAAGAGGAUCCUGGUACACGUGGGUUUUCUAACAGAGGAAUCUGGUGAUGUGUUCAGUCCGAAGGUGUUGAAGGGAGGGCCACUUGGAGAGAUGGUUCAAUGGGCAGACAUCCUCACCACACUUCAUGUGCUGGGACACAACCUCAAGAUAUCACUCUCCGUUAAAGAGCUGCAGGGGUCCCUUGGCGUGCCUCCAGGAAGAGGAAGUUGCCCUCUGAUCGGUCCUUUGCCUUAUGACCUUAUCUAUACAGAUUACCAUGGCCUGCAGCAGAUGAAACAGCACAUGGGCCUUUCCUUUAGACAACACAGGUGCCACAUCCGUGUGAUUGACACCUUCGGCACAGAGCCAGCUUAUAAUCAUGAGGAGUAUGCCACAAUGCAUGGCUACAGGACCAACUGGGGCUACUGGAACCUCAACUGCAAGCAGUACAUGACCAUGUUCCCACACACCCCUGAUAACUCCUUCAUGGGUUUUGUGACAGAGGAAGUAAACCAGACUGCAAGAGUUAACAUACAGAGAGACAAAGUCAACAACAUGGCUGUGGUUUAUGGCAAAGAGGCCAACAUGUGGAAGGGUAAGGAGCAGUUACUGACCAUAUUACACCGUUACAUGGACAUUCAUGGUACAGUCUACUAUGAGGCGCAGCGCCCCCCAGAGGUGCCUGCAUUCGUCAGGAACCACGGCCUGCUGCCCCAGCACGAGUUACAGCAGCUUCUGAGAAAGGCAAAGCUCUUCAUGGGAUUCGGCUUUCCCUAUGAAGGCCCAGCCCCUUUAGAGGCCAUAGCCAAUGGCUGCAUAUUCCUGCAGCCAAAGUUCCAUUCUCCUCGCAGCUCCCUCAACCAUGAGUUCUUCAGAGGGAAGCCCACUUCCAGAGAAGUGUCAUCUCAGCAUCCUUAUGCUGAGCAGUACAUCAGCAAACCUCAUGUCAUAACAGUUGACUUCAACAACUCUCAAGAGUUUGAGGCUGCCAUUCGAGAUAUCCUCAAAGCCAAGGUGGAGCCCUUCAUACCCUAUGAGUACACUUGUGAAGGCAUGCUGGAGAGAGUGAAUGCUUACAUUCAACAUCAGGAUUUUUGUCACACCAGAGGUCCAUUUCCUGCAGUCAAUGAAUCCAAAUCAUGGCCAGGGAAUCCACCCAGCCCAUUCCUCCAGCUGACUAACUCCACAACUCUGAUCUGGGCUCCAAACAUCUCUGCUCCGGCCUGCUGGCCUCCUCUCAGCGCCCUGCGGCUCCUGCUGUCUUCAGAGGCUUCGUCCUGUCUGAAAACCUGCCAAGAUGCUGGUUUAAUCUGUGAACCAGCUUUUUUCCCUUUCAUCAACAAUAUGGAAGCCUUCAAUGGGCUUAAUGCUCACUGUGAGUCUCUGGAAUCUGAGAAGAACCACGUGUUUCCAGCCCUUCAUGUGGACAGGAGAGAGUGUUUCCUGCAGAAAGAGCCGUUGUUGUUCAGUUGUGCUGGGAUCAGUGGCAAACACCAGCGCCUUUGCCCAUGCAGAGACUUCCUCCAGGGCCAGGUGGCACUAUGCAGGGACUGCCUUUGAGCUCUGACCAUAGACCUUUGGAGAUGUCUGUGGUAAACUGAUGCCAGUUCUGUGCAGUCAAACAUGUUGGCAUUCCCAGAAGCUGUGGUAUCAACAGUUUAAUGGGAAUUGCUGGACUGGGGUCGUUGGCGUCAAGCAUGAAGAUUUUUCCAGAGAAGUGUCUUCACUCCUGUUUCCUUUUUGCACUUAGAUCCAAAGCAAAACUAAGAGUUCGGAUAAACUUUUAAAGAUGAUAAGAAAACACCCUCAUGUUUUGAGAUAUGCACCAUCUUUGGAGUCUAUCUGAACAAGCUUGGCUAGUGGUUGCUUCAGGGUUGCACAGAAAGUAGAAAAUGAAUGCAAAUUACAGUUUUGAGUUUGGAAUUUCUUUGUGAAUAAGGUCAGACUUCAGAAGCUGUAGUUUAAGGAAUGCUGAAAGUGUUAGAAUUGUACAUGAUUUUUAAAGUCAACACGAAACUGUAUUUUGAACCUAUUUUAUUCUGUACAUUUUUAGAAAUAGGUUUUUCAAUGAGGAGUGGGACUUUAUUUUAUUGAUCAAGAAUCGAUUGGAUUGUAAAAAGUGGCGUUUCCUAUCAGAGUGGACCAGAAUGGACCUCAUUGGCCAUGUUUACAUGCAACCAAUUAAUCUGUUUAGAAUCCGACUGAUAGCUCAAUCAGAUUGAAAGCCUUCAUGUAAACACAAAAAUCAGCCGACUGAGCUGGAUCCGAAUGAAAUUUCCAUCUGAUUGAAGGGGGUGGUGUAGACCUAAAAUAAUCUGAUUAAAAGAAAAAUAUUAGCUAUGUAAACGUUUGAAUCCGACUACUUUCUCAAUUGUAUUCAAAAUACCUUGCACUCACGCACAGAGAUAUGGUGCGUAUGUAUGUUUAUACAUGAUACUUUUCGCGGGAACCUACAAAGCAAGGACAAAACGCAUUAUUAAGGGUAAGCGGCCUCGCACUGAAUAUUCUGCAGGGCACAUAUGUUCUUUCAUGACAUCACAUAAAGCAAAAAAGAAUGCUGUCAUUCUUAAUAGGGACUUUAAGCAGCAGGUGCGGUUACGGCGUUCUGUGUUCCACUGCGUGUACGUGACUUCACUUCCUGACAUCGAAACCAUAAUUUCUAAAGCAUUUCUUCUUUGCCAUAGUGACAGUUGAUCGUAUGUGACAGAUUAGGAAAGUAAAUGUUAGAAUAUAUUUACAAGAUAUGAUGCAAAGUGAACACAGUAAAUAGCAUAAACAUCCUCCUCAAAUCAUGUUAAAUUACACACGGUUAUUGGCUUUGAAUAAAAAACCUCAAAAUUAUGGUAGACUAUUAAUAAUAAUAAUAUGUAGGUUUUAGACUUAGGCUAUUUAUAUCAUACAAGAGUAAAACUCUGCUUCUGACAGUUAUUUAACAUUGCAUGCAUCCCUUCUCUUGCUGUUUUAAACAGCCUACCUUUUUUUCUUGAAUGAUUAAAUGCUCUGUUCCAUCGUCAUUAUUGCUUAGUGGUUUUUGUGUAGCAUCCCAUCCGCAGCUGUUGCUUAAAGUCCCUAUUAUUUUGUUUCCAUUCCACAUCUGUAAACUCCUUUAAGGACAGCUCUCACCCACCUGUCUUUAUUUUUUACUCGCAUCCAGAGAUGCCUACGGUUAGAUUGAAGGAGGAAUGGGCAUGAGGCAAAUACAUGGUUAAGUUAGACAGGGUAUUAGAUGCUGCUUCUAAUUCUUUGUUUGCCAAGUAGAGUGAGUAACAUAAGAAGAAAGCUUUUCUGGCACAUUUUUUUAGAUAUCUCAACAAAGCAAAAAUGCCAAUUACAGACUUUGGUGCCAUUCUCACUUUCUCAGCCUUUCUCUGCUUCUUGAGAACAUAACGACUGAAGCUCUUCACAUGUGUAGAAGUUUGGUUCGGAAUGCAUGUAAUGCACUUGUAAACGAAUAUUUGUAUCGGAUUGCAAAAUUUAGAGGACAUAAACAGUACAUUUGGAAUCUGUAAUUGGAUUGAAUUUAUUCGGAUUAACGAAAAUGAGUGCAUGUAAACAGCCAUUGUGAGUUUGUAGUUGAUUGUGGUGGAUGACACCCUUUUGAAUAGGCUUUUUAACUUGUGUUAAAUUAUUGCAUUACAUUGCCAGGAUUUUAGAAUGGCUGCAUAACAGUAGCCUAUAACAAUGCCUAAAUAGCUAUUUAGCUACUGGUUAACAAUAACUAGCCCACACAGUCUAGGUGACAUCAGCGGAAAAGGAACGUUGAUUCAGUAGUGGAGCAAGUUAUUACUUUUUUCAUUGGAAUAAUGUGGACUGAUGCAUUGUGCACAAUAAGACCAUAAUUGUGUAUUAAAAAAGUAAAUGAGGUGAAUUUUGAUUUCCAGUUGACUUUAGAUUAGUGUGGAAAAAAAGACCCGAUCUCUGCAAUGAAAAGAAGAAAAAAAAAAGAACAGUGGAAAUAAAACCUGGAGAAAAGACAUGAAUUAUUUACAGAUUUUCCCAAAGUCAUCAUGUAAAUAUGUGCAUUUUACAUAUUUCAUAAGCACUAUUGUUUGUACAAAAAUAAAAUAUAAUUUUAAAA